ACCUGUAGUGCCAUCGCUAAUACACAAAAAGUAUAAAAUAAACAAAAGGAGAAAGUGGCCGUUGCUGCAUUUUUAAACAUUGAGACUUUGGAAACGCCACAAUGCGCGACUGGAUGCCGGUGCUAUUCUGCGGCCUGUCCGUGCCGCUCUCCCUGUUCAUGUGGCUGGGCAACGUGGCAGUGUCCCGGCUCUGGAGCAGCGACUUUGAAGAGUCACGGGUGAUUCCGCCCGUGCGCUGGCUCUUCUCCACGAUGGCCCCUCUGGCCCUCAUGACGGUGGCGCUGAAGCGGCGCAGCGUCAACCGGUCGGGGGCCGCGCUGGGCAUUCUUGUGGCCUUCGUGCUGUCCAUCGCCAGCCAUCCGUUCUUCGCCAGCCUGGUGGUGUUCUUCUUUAGUUCGUCGCGCGCCACCAAGUUCCGGGCCCACAUGAAGCGACGCUUUGAGAGCGAUUUCCGUGAAGGCGAGGGCCAACGCAACUGGGUUCAGGUGCUCUGCAAUGGCGGCAUGGCCGCCCAGCUGGCUCUGCUCUACCUGCUGGACUGCGGCUGUGGUGAACGGACCGUGGAUUUUGCCAGGGAGUACCGCUCCAGCUGGCUGGGAGUGGCCGUGAUGAGUGCCUUUGCCUGCUGCAACGGCGACACCUGGUCCAGCGAACUGGGCAGCGUGCUUUCGCGCCGGGAUCCGGUCUCCAUACUCACCUGGCGACGCGUGCCGCGCGGCACCAACGGUGGCGUUUCGCUGGCCGGCAUUGUCGUGAGCCUGCUGGGAGGAUUGCUGGUGGGCUUCGGUUACUUCGUCACCUUACGCUACACGGUGGAGGCCAAAAUGCUGCUGGUCAGCCCGCCGCAAUGGCCGAUCAUUUUGUUUGGCGGCAUUGCUGGCUUAUUUGGAUCCCUGCUCGACUCGGUCCUAGGCGGCCUGCUGCAGUACUCGGGCAUCAAUGAGGACGGCAAGAUUGUGGAUGCACCCGGCAAGGGGGUGCGCCAUGUCAGCGGACUGCGUAUCCUGGACAAUCACAGCGUUAACCUUAUUUCCAGCAUUGUCACCGGCGUCACCAUUCCCGUCCUGGCCCAGAAGUACUGGCCCGUGCGCUGAGCACCCGUCUCUGUUGUCUGUUACUCACUAGUAAUAAGCAUUUCUAGCCCCGCUAAAGGAUAACUAAGUUAAAGAUCAAGGAAAUGGCUUAAAAAUCGUCUGAAUUUGUCGCUUUAAAGCUCGUUUGUUAACAAUUAGUAAUAAGUCUUUGAGAUUGUAAGAUCUGUUUUCAAUGUAUCACUUUAAAGGGGCAGGCUCUAUAAUAGUUACAUAUAUUUUUGUAAAGCUUCCACGGCGCCAAGCGAACUAACUGACUAAAAAGAAGACUUGAUAGGAACAACAACGACUGGACAGAUGCAGCGGGAUGGGUUAAGGCAAGCUAUAAUGUAUCUUAAGCUAAGGUAGUUCGCUACAGAUGUAUGUUCCUCAGGAGAUAACUUUCUAGGCCCUGCGACUGUCCAUUUAGAUUUUAAAUAAAACAAACUAUUAAAAGC